AUGGUUCAAUAUGGUUUUAUUGCAAUGUUUUCCAUCGCUUUACCAAUCGCACCGUUUUUGGCAAUGAUCAAUAAUUUAUUUGAAUUACGAACAGAUGCUAUGAAACUUUUAUUUGAAUUUCGUCGACCAAUUGGUGAACUUGCUUAUACACUUGGUAUAUGGGAAAAAAUUUUUGAUGCCUUAUCAAAAAUUGCAAUAUUAACUAAUAUACUUUAUUUAUUAAUUACAUGUGAUUUAAUAUCAAAAUUAUUUUAUAUUUAUAUUCAAGAUGAUAUUAGUUUAAAGAAUUAUCUUAAUUAUACAUUAUCAUAUUUAUAUCUAAAUGAUUUAGAUGAUGAAAACGAAAUUUUUCAAGGAAAUCAAUUAAAUAUUACUUAUUGUCGUUAUCGAGAUUUUAGAUAUGAUUACGGUAGAUUGUCUGUAUUAUAA